CCCCGGACCUCCUCCCAGGACCCGCGGGUCCCCGGCGCGCACGGCCACGCCCUGCCCAGGAAUUUCCUCCCGGGCCCUUUUCCGGCGUCCGGGGGUCAGGAGCACACCCGGGCUCUCCCCGCGUUUUCCUCCCGCCGCCCCAGCCUCUCUGCGCCUCGUCGCUGCGGGGAUCUGUGCGGGUGGGGUGCCGCCGGGACCCCCGGCCCACCUGGACCCCUGCCCCGCGGGACCCACCUGGACCGCCCGGAUCACCGACAUGGACGCGCGGGGACCCAAAGCCCCGGGCGGGGACGCGCUGCGGGACGCGGCAGAAAAUCUAUUUCAGGAACUUCAAGAACAUUUUCAAGCUCUAACUGCAACGUUGAACCUCAGAACGGAAGAAAUGGGAAAUCGGAUCGAAGAUUUACAGAAGAGUGUGAAUGACUUAAUGGCGCAAGCUGGGAUUGAAAAUCCUAUUAAAGAACAAAUGACCUGAAGACAGUGGACCAGUCACUUCAAAAUGUGAUAAAGUCAAAGCUGUACUUUUUGAAUAAUAAUUUGCAUAAUACGAGUUCUGAUUUUUUAAAUUUAAAUAUUCAUUUUAAUGAAAUGAAAGAUUAAAAGAACAAUGCAAUAAGAACAUAGUUUAGAAGGUGAUUAACCACUGGACAAAGAUGGUUGUAAAACGGCAGGACAACUUUCAAUGCAGACCUCGUGUUCCCAAAACACAGGAGGAAAGCAUAAGCUAUAUCAGGUCAAUUUUUUUUCCCGCAUUAAGUUCUAUAUAGAUCUUUUAAAAAUAUAUCAUAAGCUGUUUUCUGAU